GGCAGGGCAGGGCAGGGCAGCCCGGCGCCCCGCCACCAUGGACCCCAAGUUCCUGCUGCUCCUCGGCCUCCUGUCGGGGCUGCGAGCCCGCUCCAGAAAGGUGGAGGACGAGGAUUACGAAGACUUGUCCUUCAACCAAAAGUGGGUCCUGGCUCCUAAAACCCAGGACACAGAUGUGACUCUCAUCCUCAACAAGUUGCUAAGAGAAUAUGACAAAAAGCUCCGGCCAGACAUUGGAAUAAAACCAACUGUCAUUGACGUUGACAUUUAUGUUAACAGCAUUGGUCCUGUGUCAUCAAUAAAUAUGGAAUACCAAAUAGACAUAUUCUUUGCUCAAACCUGGACAGACAGCCGCCUCCGAUUCAACAGCACAAUGAAAAUACUCACUCUGAACAGCAACAUGGUUGGAUUGAUCUGGAUACCAGACACUAUCUUCCGAAAUUCCAAAACAGCAGAAGCUCACUGGAUUACCACACCCAACCAACUCCUGAGGAUAUGGAACGAUGGGAAAAUCUUGUACACUUUGAGGCUCACCAUCAAUGCGGAAUGCCAGCUGCAGCUCCAUAAUUUCCCAAUGGACGAACAUUCCUGCCCUCUGAUCUUCUCCAGUUAUGGCUACCCCAAAGAAGAAAUGAUUUACAGAUGGAGAAAAAAUUCAGUAGAGGCUGCAGAUCAGAAAUCCUGGCGGCUUUACCAGUUUGACUUCAUGGGGCUCAGAAAUACAACUGACAUUGUGAAAACGUCUUCAGGUGAUUACAUCGUCAUGACUAUAUAUUUCGAUUUAAGGCGAAGGAUGGGAUACUUCACGAUUCAGACAUACAUUCCCUGCAUAUUGACAGUUGUCUUAUCCUGGGUGUCCUUUUGGAUUAAGAAAGACGCCACACCGGCAAGAACGGCAUUAGGUAUCACCACAGUAUUGACCAUGACCACCCUGAGUACCAUAGCCAGGAAGUCUUUACCACGAGUGUCCUACAUCACUGCCAUGGACCUGUUUGUGACUGUGUGCUUUCUGUUUGUCUUCGCUGCACUGAUGGAAUAUGCCACGCUCAACUACUAUUCAAGUUGCAGAAGACCCAACUGCACCAAAAAGAAAAAAUCGUUCAUGCGCUCAGAGACCACGGAAUGGGUUCACGAAAGGAUACACGCCCAUGUUCACAGCAACUACUCUGUACUUGGCAUGCGACCGCCCCCUACAGUGAUCGCAUUGAACAAUUCCAUGUACUGGCAGGAACUGGAAGAUACUUGUGUUUACGAGUGUCUGGAUGGCAAAGACUGUCAGAGCUUCUUCUGCUGCUACGAGGAAUGUAAAUCUGGCUCCUGGAGGAAGGGGCGGGUUCACAUAGACAUCUUGGAGCUGGACUCGUACUCCAGGGUCUUCUUUCCGACAUCGUUCCUGCUCUUUAACCUGGUCUACUGGGUCGGCUACCUCUAUCUCUGAACGCCGCCCGCAGAGCCAGCCAGGACAGUGCUCCUCCCAGCAACGGUGAAAACUUGGGCUCUGGGAAGUGUCAGUGGUCAGCUUCAGCUCAAAGCACCCAGGCCACGAUAGCUUCUGGUCAUCACAGGACCCGGUGAAGGAUUUUAUUCAUAUCUGCCUGAAGGUUUGCACCCAAAAAGAAAUCCUGAUGAAUUUUCAACAUGGAAAUUCUUACUAAAUUCCAUUGAAUUUAUAACUCAGCAGUGUUUAUUAAGAGUUUAAGUGUUUAUUAAGAAACUGCAACAAGCAGCCUUUUUGCCUCUGCUAAAUGGUGAGGACAGAUAUCUGAUAUCCUGUAGCUCACUCAGGUUCUCCUGUCCUCCCUUUGGAGGUCCGGUAAUGGGUGGGGGUGGGGGUCCAGAUCUUCCAGGAGACUCUCCUUGAUCUCACCCCAGCCCGGCCUACCCCUCCUCUCUCGUUUCGGAGGGAUGUGCAGUGACAUGGAUUGCCCCACACCCCUCAACCAAUCACUCAACGACAUUUGAGCGCUCACUGUGUGCAGAGCACUGUACUAUGCGCUUGUCAUCCUCAGCUAGCUGUGGUUUUCUCCCAUUGCCUUGACCAAGGAGGCCGUCAGCCUCCACUCAACCCAUCACCUUAGUUCUCAUUUGAAGGACAAACCUCUUUCGUGGAAUUCUCAGUCAACCAGUUUCAAAGAAGCGUGCUCUCUCUUGAAUUCCUUCUAAAGCUUUCCGAAGCUCUCAACCUUUCCAGAACGGCCCAGGUGGCAGGGCCUGGCAAGAAUUCUGCCUGCUAGUUGCGUCGUAGUAGACCCCAGCUCAUCUCGGAGCUGCUCGGACUCCCUGUUUUGUAGCACUAGGAACACGUGACUUUUCUCGAUUUGUAAAGUAAUGCGAAGUUCCCCAAAGUAUCAUCGUCACCUUUUCACUUAUAGAUGGGCAGGAGGAGAGUGUUCUGAAAAGAUGCCGAAUCAAAUAGGCCAUUCGUUUUUCCUUAAAGUAAACGCAGCUUUAAUGUCAUGCGCAGAGGUGACUAGCAAAAGUAAUAUAUUUUAACUGAAAAGAGUAUUUUGUAUUUGAAAACUAUAACCCGAGUUGAAAAGCCCCAGAGAAAGAAACCCACGUCCAUUUAUAGUGAUUUUUAUACCUCUGAGCCUAUUAGCUUUCUGACAUUUUGACCAAUUCCCUUGGUCUGGCUAGCUACCAAGUCACUUUUUGAAGUGGUCCUAUCUGUCUGGAACAGUAUUUGAUCCAUUCAUUGUGUUAGCCAGGAUUCCUCACUUUCAAACAUGACCAGAAAAUGAAAUUUAAUUGAAAAAUACCCAGGUUGCAUCUUAAGAUCAGACUUAGAAAUAGCCACUUACUGUUCACUCUGGGUAGGUUUCUGCCAAGUGAAGAGAAAAGGGUGACAAAAUCUCUCAUUGUAUUACCAGUGUUCUUCCUUAGGAGAAACAAGAUGGGUGAAAAAUAUCAUGGGCUAAUGAGUAGUUUACAAGACUGUUGAGGGGAACAGCAAACAUUUUGCAAUUCAGUGCAACUAAUCUUGGUUAUUAAAAACUCCAGAUUAUUCAACUACUGAUAA